AUGGCGCUGGCCGCCGCCGCCGCCGCCGCCGCCGCCGCCGGGGUGAGCCAGGCGGCCGUGCUGGGCUUCCUGCUGGAGCACGGCGGCCAGGUGCGCAGCUGCGACCUGCUGAGCCGCUUCAAGCCCCUGCUGGAGGCCGGCGACCCGCGCGGCCGCGCCGCCCGCAGGGACCGCUUCAAGCAAUUCGUCAACGACGUGGCGGUGGUGAAGGAGUUGGACGGCGUCAAGUUCGUGGUGCUGAAGAAGAGACUGCGGCCCCGGCAGGCGGCGCGGGCCCUGCCCCCGGGCGACCCCGGCGACCCCCGGAGCACCCCCGUCUCGCCCCGGGAAGCGCCUGGCGCGGGGGCUCCAUCCCCGGCCGCGCCGCCGCCGCAGCAGCCGGGGGCACCACGCGAGCACGCGGCCCUGCCCUUGGAGCCGCAGGACGCCUCUGGGCCCGCUCGGCCCCCCGCGGAGCCCGCGGAGCCCCCGGCGGGUCCCGCCCAGCCAUCGGGGGGUGCCCCCGGGCCCCGGGUCCCAGCCGUUGAGCUAGCCCUGGCCCCCGAGGGGCUCUCUGCAGGCGCGGCCGCGCCGCCCAGCCCGCUGUCGGGGGAGCCCCCGCCCCACGCCGCGGCGCCGGACGCGGAACCUGGGCGCGGCCCGACGGCCGAGGCGCCGCCGCCCCCCAAGCCCUGCAUGCUGCCCGUGCGCUGCGUCCCGGGCCCCGCCGCGCUCCGGAUCCGGGCCGAGGAGCAGGGCCUGCGGCGGCAGCUGUCGGAGGAGCCGAGCCCGCGCAGCUCCCCGCUGCUGCGGCGGCGGCUGUCGGUGGAGGAGGCCGGCCUGGGCCUGGGCCUGGGCCUGGGCCUGGGCCUGGGCCUCGGCCCCGGCCCGGGCCGCUCCCCGCACCUGAGGCGCCUGCCGCGCGCAGGCCCGCGCCUGCUAAGCCCGGACGCGGAGGAAGUGCCCGCCGCGCCGCCGCCGCCGCCGCCGCCGCCCGCCGUGCCCCUGGAGCCCACGGAGCACGAGUGGCUGGUGCGGGCGGCGGGGGGCUGCUGGACCCACCAGCUGCACGGGCUGCUGCUGCGCGACAGCGGCCUGGCGGCCAAGCGCGACUUCAUGUCGGGCUUCACGGCCCUGCACUGGGCCGCCAAGAGCGGCGACCGCGAGAUGGCGCUGCAGCUGGUGGAGGUGGCGCGCCGAGGGGGCGCGCGGGUGGACGUGAACGCGCGCUCGCACGGCGGCUACACGCCGCUGCACCUGGCCGCCCUGCACGGCCGCGAGGACGCCGCCGUGCUGCUGGUGGUGCGCCUGGGCGCGCAGGUGCACGUGCGCGACCACAGCGGGCGGCGCGCCUACCAGUACCUGCCGCCCGGCGCCUCGUACGCGCUCCGCCGCCUCCUCGGCGACCCCUGCCUUCCAGGCUCUGCCGACGCCGACGCCACCGCGGCCGGCAGUGGCUCCCACGCGGCCCGGCGCCCGGUGCAGGUGGCCGCCACCAUCCUCAGUUCCACCACCAGCGCGUUCCUGGGCGUCCUGGCCGACGACCUGAUGCUCCAAGACCUGGCUCGAGGCAUGAGGAAGUCGGGCUCCCUUAGCAAGUUCUUGGGUGCCUCGCCCACAGCUCCACGGAAAAAGACGAAGACCCGCAGCGGCCUGCCGGCUUUCCCAGAACUCUCUCGCCGACCUACUCCCGGGCCCCUGGCUGGGCUCGUGCCCAGUCUCCCGCCCCCAACCUGACGGUCCCUGAGGCCCGGCUCGGUCGAUGUAACCCGGCCUGCCCCUCACAGCCGCUCAGCACCGUCUCCAGCUGCGCGCAGUGCAGCCUGUUCUAGCUCCCGCCCGAGGCUUGACCUGCCUCUGGAGAUGGGAGUCAAGACGUCAGGGAGAGCCUUCUAUAAAGAACUCCAGAAAUCAGUCUUGAAUAUUGGGUCAGAGUUAAGGGCCCCCGAACGAGUGAACUCGAUGCCUCUGCAACCACACACUCCCAAGCCAGAACUAGAGCAAGGGUCUCUUUAAACGUGUUCUGUUGGACUGUCAGCUUUAAGAUAUCCAGUGGUUUUGUAAUUUGCUGCCUUUAUCCUGUUUUUAAAUUAAAAUGAGGUAAAACAACUUUCAUAAUAACCUUUUGAAAUUAUAUUUUUCCAUUUUUAGGCAAAAUGCUCAUUUUCAAUCUUUUGCUGAGUAUUUUGGAAUUCUAUUAAAAAACAAACAGGUGAUCAUGAUCUAAAGGAAAGUAGUCCCAACCAACAAAACCCUUAAACGUUUAUCUACCUCAUUUUAGGCGAUUCUAGAGAGACUUGAACACAGAAUGUGAUCAUUGUGAAUGUAAUUCAUUUCAGUUGUACUGUGAAUGCUAACUAUUAGGAAACAAGUGCAUCUGGGGAGUAAGAAUGAUUUAACAGUGAGAGAAAGGAGACAUUUUGGCAAAUACUUGCAAUUUCUGGUUGUCUUUAUGAUGAAAUAUAAACUGUCUUCGGCACUAGUGGGUGAUUAUUUUGAUUUGGCAUGAAUAUUUAAUUUUUUAAGUAUGAUUUACUUGUGAAUGCACCAUUGUGCCAUGUUUCUGAAUCUUGUUUUCCAAUCUGGAUGCGCCUUUCAAUGCAGUAGGUGAAUAUUUAAAGAACAACAACAUGUCAUAGCAUUAUACCAGAAAAAUAAUUGGUUAAAUAAAAGUAGAUACACUUAAAGAGCAACUAUUUUAUAUGAAGAUUCUAUAGAAACAAAAAAUAUAUCCACUUUUAAAAGCCAUCUGAAAGCAAACCACUUAUUCCAAAAUAGCAAAUACAGAAUUCUUUGCUUAGUGACCUUUCAGGGAUGACUUAACUUCUCUGGACCUUUGAUCCUAUCUGUAAUGGAGAAGGUUUGCUAUUACCAAGAGGUACCAGGUUCAACCCACUCUAACUAUAAGGUCUCUUUUUCUGUUUUAAAGAUGGGGACUCUGUUUGCUCAACCAGCCUUUUUUUUAAUAUCAUAUUGUGGUCAUGCUCUGCUUUUGCAAAUCGUGUUUGCAUGUCAUUAGUUAUAUCAAAUAGUUUUUGUGGCACAGGGGAGUGUGUUUUCUCCCUUCCAUAUAUAUCCUGUGUGACAUUAUUUAAGGCAGCCCUUAAUGGAAUGUUUUGAUUUAAGCACUAAAAUAAACAAGUCUCCCAUUUUGUUCUUA